CGUCUCGCGGAGAAGUGUCGUGUACUCCCCGACAGCACCAUAUAACCUGUCAGACGUUGUUGUUAUUUGUCAUAGCCAAUGUUCACCUUAUGAUUCACGUUUUAUGGAUAAACAAAUCAAAUAAAUAAACACAUUGCUGAAACUAAAAAAAAGUUAAAUAAAACACCAUGUUACCAGGCAUUGGAGUUUUCGGCAACGGCUCAGUUGUUCGAGUUCUAGUUCCAAUUCUGCGCGACAAUGGCUUUAAAAUCGAAGCACUUUGGUGUAGAACACUUCUGGAUGCACAAGAAUUGGCAAGGGAACUAAACAUACCAUUUCACACAAGUAAAAUUGACGAUGUGUUAUUGCGCAAAGAUGUUGAUCUCAUCUUUGUGCUCUGUUCCCCAAGCUUGCAUGCACAGAUAUCAGUCAAAGCCCUAGGAAUUGGAAAACACAUUGUCUGUGACAAACCAGGUGGCCUGAAUCAAGAAGAUGCUUUGAAGAUGGUCAGAGCAUGUCAGUAUUAUCCUUCAUUGAUUUCCAUCAUCAAUCAUUCAUUCAGAUUCCUGCCAGCUAUCACACACAUGAAGAAGGCCAUUCAAGACAAUUACAUUGGAUCUCAAAUCACUUUAAUUGACAUUCGAAUACAAAGUGGCAGGUUGUAUGCUGAGAACAAUUCUUACGACUGGAGAUGUGAUGAUCUAAUGGGUGGAGGCACUUUAAAUUUGAUUGGUAGUCAUGUGGUAGACUUGGUCACAUUUCUUACAGGUCAAACUGCAACUAAAGUACAUGGUAUUGUCAGGACUUUCACAAAAACAACUGAAAACAUCAAAGGAAUCAGGCAGAUAUCUGCUCCAGAUUUCUGUUGUUUUCAAAUGGAGUUAAAUGGUGGCACUUUAGUUACUGCAACUAUUAAUAGCCAUACAAUUGGCAGUGUUUUCCAACAAGAGAUUAGCAUUUCUGGAAAUGAGGGGCAUUUGGUUGUGCAUGGUGGAGAUUUGUUUGGUCGCAAGGAGAAACAAAAAGAAGAAGUAUUAUUUUUGGAUGUGGAGGAUAUGAAAACACCAAUUUCGAAUACAAUUAUACCGAAACCGUACGCUAAGGGAUUGUGCAAAAUGGUCGGGGCUUUAAGAGAAGCUUUUCUUCCGGUAAAAGAAAAAGCUGGGUGGAUCAAGGAGCCUGUUCAAUCGGCAGCAGGUUUUGAAGAUGGAUUAUAUGUUCAAGCUGUUCUGGGCGCGAUUAAACAAUCAUCGGAGAUGAAGCAAUGGACAAAAGUUAACAUUAUGACUGAACAACCAGAUUCGAAUGCUUUGUUAAGUGCCGCAGUUCGACGCACUGCUAUAUCAGCAAUUAAUUAAGAGAUUUUACAGUUAGAGAUUAAAGUUGUGAUGCAUUACCUUUUUUCAACAAAUUUGGGUAUUUAUUUUGUUAUAUUAUAUUUAUUUUUAAUAUAUUAAUACUUGGGCA